AUCCUUUAUUUAACUUAUUUCCCAAUAUUUUGUUUAGCAACAUUGUGUUUGUGUUGCAGAGGAGGACCCCAUCUUUGAGCGGAGAUUACUGAGUUCAGCUCAGGUGCUGUUCUCUCUGUUCUUUUUGCCCCUACUCUCUUCACUUUCCACUCUUCAAUCCUUCAAGGGUUUUUACCCUUUUCUCUAUAUUUGGGUAUUUUGAUCUAUUUAAUGUGAUCUGUUACACUUUCCUUUUUCCUGUUUUAAUUUCUGGGUUCUUUGAGUUACCCGGUUAUAAGGGGUUUUGUGGUGUAAAGUUGUGAUUUUUAGGUUUUAUUAGGGAAUUUGGCAUCUGGGGUUUUGGUAGUGGUUGCGGUGGUGGGAGGAUAGGGCAUUGAAGGGUGGGUGGUGUUUGGAAUUCUGGGUGGUCUUGAUGAUAUGUGGGUUUGGUUCUCUAGGUUUUGCUAGAGAUGGGGUUGGGUGCUGAGAAUGGUAAGGUUGUGGAGUCUUGGGAUGUCUGUAAAUCAAAGGGGAGGAAGAAGAAGAAGAAAGGAGAUGAGGGAGUGGUGGAAGAGAGUGGGGCUGGGUGUUGGGUAAGGUUGAGGUUCAUUGGGAGCUGCAUUUCUUCAAGAUCCAAGGUUGAUAGCUCAGUGAGUGGCACCAGUACUCAUUAUGCUGAAAGUAAAUUCACUAAUGAUACAAGUAGAGACCAACCAACAGCUCCAGCAGUCUCUUCUACAACCACUAGUAAUGCAGAAAGCAAUUCAUCCACUUCCAAACUUGAAGAGGAGCUUAAAAUUGCUUCCAGGCUUCGAAAGUUCUCUUUCAAUGAUCUUAAGUUAGCUACAAGAAAUUUUCGGCCUGAGAGUUUCCUUGGUGAAGGUGGGUUUGGUUGCGUUUUCAAGGGUUGGAUUGAAGAAAAUGGAACUGCUCCUGUGAAACCUGGCACAGGACUUACUGUUGCUGUAAAAACCCUCAACCAUGAUGGGCUCCAGGGUCAUAAAGAAUGGCUGGCUGAAGUAAAUUUUCUUGGUGAUCUAGUUCAUCCAAACCUUGUAAAACUUGUAGGUUACUGCAUUGAAGAUGAUCAAAGGUUACUAGUUUAUGAGUUCAUGCCUCGGGGUAGCUUGGAAAACCACUUAUUCAGGAGAUCCUUGCCUCUUCCAUGGUCCAUUAGAAUGAAAAUUGCACUAGGAGCUGCUAAGGGUCUUGCUUUUCUUCAUGAAGAAGCUGAACGACCAGUAAUAUACAGGGAUUUUAAAACAUCAAAUAUACUGUUAGAUGCUGACUACAAUGCCAAGCUCUCCGACUUUGGUCUUGCCAAAGAUGGUCCAGAAGGUGACAAAACCCAUGUGUCCACUCGAGUGAUGGGAACCUAUGGUUAUGCAGCACCGGAAUAUGUCAUGACAGGUCAUCUUACAUCAAAAAGUGACGUGUACAGUUUUGGAGUGGUACUACUUGAGAUGUUGACCGGCAGAAGAUCUAUGGACAAACACCGACCCAAUGGUGAGCAUAACCUUGUGGAAUGGGCUCGACCACAUCUUGGAGAGAGGAGAAGGUUCUACAGGCUGAUCGACCCUCGUUUAGAAGGCCACUUUUCCAUAAAAGGAGCUCAGAAAGCUGCCCAACUGGCUGCUCACUGCCUUAGUAGAGAUCCAAAAGCCAGACCCCUCAUGAGUGAAGUUGUAGAAGCUUUAAAGCCCCUUCCAAACCUUAAGGACAUGGCAAGCUCUUCAUACUAUUUCCAAACAAUUCAAGCUGACCGCUUUGGGAUGAGUCCUAACACAAGAAAUGGACGGACACAAGGAGCAUUGCUAACCCGCAAUGGACAGCAGCAAAGGAGCCUUUCAAUACCAAAUGGCACUUAUGCAUCUCCAUAUCACCAUCAGUUUCCCCAACAAUCACCAAAACCCAAAGGCAAAGCAUAGAGCUGGUGAAAUUUUUCUUUUUCUCUUUCACCCUUUUUCGCUUCUCCUUAUUAAUGUACCUUGUGUCAAAGCAUUUGUUGAUGGAGAACUUGAGAGCAAAAGAAGCGUGCUGCUUUGCUUUGUGAUUUUAUGUUAUGGGUGUUGACUCCCUUUAGCUUGGAUGAAUGUGAGGUGAGAGCAGGUGAAGCUUAUUGAGCUACUAUGUCUAUGUCAAAUUGUCAACCAAUAUGUUUCUUUAGGUUGUUUGCAAAUAUUGAACACUAUCAAAUCCUCAUCCUUGUUUUAUUUUAUUUUACCCAUUUGUCACCGGAAAUUUUAUCUCUAUUUAUUUUGGCUUUGCUUG